UCGUUAAGUUAAUCGAAACUCUUAGUUUGCUGCUGUUGCACUUUCGUUAGGCGUUGUUUCUUUUUGUUAAAGUUUUUUUAUUUGGUCCCAAUGGCCCCACAGCCGGUGGUAACGGGCCUGUCGCCGAAGGAGGGUCCACCCGGUACACGUGUCAUCAUACGCGGCGAGUUCCUGGGCACUCGCAUCCAAGAUCUGAUCGGUCUUAAAAUUUGCGGCUCCGAUUGCCUGUUGUCCGCCGAGUGGAAGUCGUCCAACAAAAUCAUUGCACGCAGUGGACCAGCUAAAGGCAAGGGUGACAUCAUUGUUACAACGCUCAGUGGCGGCGUCGGCACUUCAACAGUGCAAUUUCGAGCCUAUCACGAAACAAUCGGACCUCUCAAGGAGUCGGCUGUGUGGAUUGAGGAGUCGCCAUCACAGAAUUUUGCCUGGGGUCGGCGUACACUCGCCCAGUCUGGACUCACGCAAGAGGAUCCGCUGGGUCUGUCCAUCGAGGGCAAUGAGCAGAAAAUUCCCGAAGAUUUGCGUGAUUUGAUUCCCGACGCUUGUGGAGAUUUGUCGCAAGAAAAUUUCUCGCCUGCCUGGUUUUUGCUAGAGAAUCAUUUGGCCACGUCGUUUGAGGAUUUGAAAGCUGGCUUGGCUUACUUGAAGCGCAAGGUGGAGAGUCAAAAGGAGGGACAGCUGUCGUUUCUUAAAUCAAAUGCUGGUUCGGUCAUUGAUCAGUUGGACACGCUGAUGAACAUACGCGAUAAGCUGCAAGAGGAUGUCAAGCUGCAUGGCAGCGAGCCACUCAACAUACUGGAGCAGUCCAUCGAGAACUCCAUCAGUGAAUCCCAAAAGAUCUUUACUGAUGUGCUGGUACGCAAGGAGAAAGCCGACUCCACACGCUCGGUGCUCUUUGCGCUCUCCCGCCACAAAUUUCUCUUCUGUCUGCCCAAUGCCGUCGAUCGCCGUGCGAAGGCAGCCGAAUACGACAUAGUCGUAAAUGAUUAUUCGCGUGCUAAGAACUUGUUUGGCAAAACCGAGAUACACAUCUUUCGCCAGGUGCUGGAGGAGGUUGAUCAACGCAUACUGCUCAUACGACGGCAGCUGCACGAAAAGGUUGUCAAGAUGCCACAAAGCGUUGAGCAACAGAAGAAACUUAUCAAGGCUUUGUCAAGUUUGGAACUACAGCAGAGCGGCACAACCGUUGGGGAUCGUUUGCGCAAUACGGAUCCCGCCUGGGACGCCAUUGAGGCGCGUGCUAAGUUCUUGGAGGCCACUUUCCGCCAGACGUUUGAGCAGCAUGCCAACAAAGAGGCGAAUGUGCAGGAAAAGUCCAAAAGUCGUGAUCCCAGCCAGCCCCCCAGUCGCGUCAAUUUCUGUGAAGAGCUUUGCGACAUUGCCGCCUGUCAGCUGCCAGAUUUGUGGCGCCUUGGACAGUUCUACUUCACGGGGGAUCUGCGUGGCCCUCAUGAUCCUAAGCCGGGUGAUUUUAAGCGCAUGGUGUUGACGGCCAUCGAGAAGUUCUGUGUGUAUUUGAGGUUGGCCAUUCUCAUUGCUGCUGAUCAACGUGCUUUGCGUCAGACGAGUGGACUCGCCUGGCCCAUUGGCUCUUCGUCGGCUACACAUCAUUUUCUACCCUGGGUGCCACAAUGUUUGCGUUACACAAGGAUUGCUUACGCCACGUUGAUUGGAUUGGACUUACCCUCGGAAGCAUUGGAUAUUAUACAGCGAUUGAUUGAUGAGGUGCGUCUGUUUUGUUUCUCUAUCAUAUUUAAACGCGCUACGGAUCGUUGCAAGAAACUGGAUGCGCUGGAGACGUGGGAAAUGAGUGUGGAAGAGUAUCCAGGUGCAACUUCAUUGCCAGCUGCCUUGGAGUCGCUACUAGUCGAGACCUUGGAAGAGGUGCAAACGGUUUGCAUGCAGCCUGAGGCACGUGAGGGAAAUCUGCUGGAACCACAUUCGGAUGGUCAGCGCGAGGUAACACAGCGACUGCAAGAGCUGCUCUCCGCGUUUAGCGGAGUGAUUGCAGAGCUGGCGUUUGCCAGCCACGAUGAUGAGACGCCCACGCACAAUGUAUCGCAACUGCUUGGCUUUCCCAAUGCCCAGCAACCUGAGUCGGUGUCGGGUGUGGGAAACUCGGUGGGCGCCGCAGUCAACUGGGAGCAACGGAUGCUGUGCUGCUUAGCCAACUAUGCGUACUGUAACAAGAGCUUCUUUCAUCAUCUGGGCAAUUUGUUUGUGCGCUAUGGAUAUCCACUGCCAACGCUUGCUAUUGAGUCAGCACGCUACAAUGUAAAUCAGUUAUUCACGAAUUUGCUGGAGGAAUAUGUGGAGCACAAGGGUGAUCCGCUGGUGGGCACCAUUGAGCCCUCAAUGUAUUUGGGACGCUUUCAAUGGGAUCAUGAGAUGGAAAUUGGUGCUGGACAAUUGCGUCCCUAUGCGCAUGAAUGCUGCGACAAUUUGGUGGGCGUAUACUCGGAAAUUUAUAGCAUUUCACCGACGCUACUGCGUCCCAUUCUCGAGUCCAUUGUGCAGACCAUCUCCGAGGAGUUGGCACGUCUUAUGAGUUGUGUGCAGCGCUUUAGUCACACGGGUGCGAUCCAAGCACAUGUGGACAUUCGUCUGCUUCGCGAUGCCCUCGAGAACUACACUAACGAGACGGCCAAAAACUACUUUUUGGAGGCACUGGAGGCCAUUAGUCCGCCGCUGAAUGGCGAACAGAAGCGCAAAGCGGAUGAAAUACUGGAGCGUGUGAAGCGCAACAUGCGACUGCAGUUGCUCUGCUUUGCGGUUAAGGAGCCUUAAGCAU